UGGUACAGUUAAAGAAUUGGCCAAUGGCCAGCGUGCAUCACUACCGAGGCCACAGAGCCCACUGCUGCAGAAAUGUCCAUAUUUUGUCUGUAUUUAGAGCUGCUGCUAUUAGUCAUUUCCCAGCUGCACUCCGUGAGGUAAAGAGCCUUUUAAACAUGUGUAAGUAUGAGUGUCACUGAGGAACACCUUAAAACUGACCAGUGGCUGUAGUUUGUAGUUUCUUCUCUCGCUCCUUUUGGACAGUUUAUAAACAGCUAGUUAGCAUGCAAAGCUAAACCUACUAGUAUUUUCGUAACGUGUUGCCAAAACUGUCAAUAUGUGUAUGUGUGCAUUCAAAUACACAACAUCUGCAUUGUUUACAUCGUAACGACUUAAUGUUCCUUGGAUUGAUAAUGCACAACGCCCAAAGCUGAUAUUAUGAUUGUUAGCCUAUGCAUUUUUUUCUUGCUGUUUGUUUACUUAUAUCAUCUAAUGCGACUCUACAAACAUAUCAGCAAUUUGCUGAAACAUAUAGUUAACAUUUUUUACUGUAAUAGUAUGUGAUUAAGCACUGUUGGUACUCAGUUUAAAAUUCUAAUAAAACGGAGUAAGCAUAAAUAACUGACAGCAAUGACUUGAGGCUUAGUGAAGGAUGAGGAUGAAUUACACCUUAAAUCAAAAUUUUAAAAUGCCUUAUAGAUAUGUGAAUGGUUAAGAACUUACUGGAAACCAUUUGGUAGCUAAAAGUCAUCAGCAUUAUUGUUAUUAUUAUUGUUUAAAUCAGGAAUGAAAUGACACGUCCUGUCCCUGUUCGUCUCCAGGCAACGUAAGGUGAAGAAGCUCUGGUGGAGGUUGACAGAGUGGAGACGGACGGAGGGUUACACUUUGAAAAUAUGUCAUACAGUAACAGAGAGCUUGUGGAGUUCUUUAUAAGCUACAAACUGUCUCAGAGGAAUUACCCGACCUCUGUGCUAAGAAGAGACGAUGCUGGUGAAAGGACUGAGGGAAACAUGGACAACUCUGCUGCUAGUAACGGCUUAUUGGUCAACAGCAGGAAUGGAGAGGACCAGCCGCAGUCAUCAUCCUCCCCGUGUGCUGACAUAGAGGCUGUGAAGGCAGCUCUUCGGGACUCAGCGGAUGAGUUUGAACUGCUAUUUACACGGGCCUUCAGUGAUCUCUCUUCACAGCUUGACAUCACUCCUGACACAGCCUACCAUAGCUUUAAGAGUGUAAUGGAUGAAGUUUUCAAAGAUGGAGUCAACUGGGGGCGUAUCGUGGGCCUUUUUUCUUUUGGUGGUGCGCUGUGUGUGGAAUGUGUCCAAAGGGGUAUGGGUGAGCUGGUGUCCCGCAUUGCAGAGUGGAUGACCAUGUACUUGGAUGAGAACAUCAGUCCGUGGAUCCAGAGCCAAGGAGGUUGGGUAAGUCUACCGGAAAAAAACGACAACCAAGUACUUUGGGCGGAAAUGCCCCAACUGUGAAAAUCAAAGCAAAUACUAGUACUGAUGUUUAAGGUGUCAGUUAAUUGUCAUCUCUCCCCUAAACAGUCCUCCUAAAAGCCCAAGUACAUGUCUUUCUAACUGCAUGUUGCUGAUCUUUCUCAGAUUUUUAUUUCUCUCAUGUUUGAAAGAAAUGUUAGUUAAUCAAAAGUUUGUCCAGAAGGGGACUUCUUCGACCAAUACAAAUCUUUUCUGAAUUGGCAGUAAAGUAUAGUAGCACUUCAGAUUUUGCCCUGUGUGAUGAAGAUGGGAUAGGAUUCUACAGGAUACAGACAAACAUUGGCUACAAACAUCGGUGCAUGACACAUUAUUUUCCGAUGUGCUGAUUACUGUCAUCUAGGUCAGAACUGGUGUUCAAUCCACAGGUCAUCAUCACUAAUUCAGAGAUAUUAAGGGUUGAAACAUCCCAAACUUCACGAAUAGUCCUUAAACCUUGUUCUAUGUUCUCCCAUUGAUAUUUUGUGAUGUUAUCUGUUGCAUGAUUGGAUUUCAAAGGUUUAUGAAUUUAGUUUGUUACGCCCCUUUUUCUGUCCCCCCCUGCAAACCAAACACUUCACUAAUAUCCUAACAGAUAGUUGAAAUCAGAUCAUUUAAAACAAUACUUAAAUAGUCGCAAUGCUUCACUUUACAAACAAAAAUAGAAGGAAAAACAGGGACAAAGAAUGAUGCCUGCAUAUGUCAAUACAGACCAUCAAAAUAUAAGGGCAUAGGGUAUCUAUAUACUAUAUAUAUAUAUCCUGUUAGUGAUGAAGUUUGAAGUGGUUAGAAGAAAGUCUUCGAAACCUUAUAGAAAUGGAAAAGUGCAAAAUGAUUGUCUGAUGUGUCUCACUUCUCGUCAUUUGAUGGAUAACGAUUCAAAAACUGCAUAAACAUACAGUGCAGAGGUAGCAUCAGUUUUUGCUUUGUGCUGCUUUAAUGUAGGUGAAAAGAAAGUAUUGCUGGGUAAUGCAAUUAAUUUACCUUUUAUUUCCUCAAUGAAAUCUUCCAGGACUGCUUUGCUGAAAUUUUUGGACGUGACGCGGCUGCAGAAGCAAGGAGAUCUCGGGAAAGUCUCACUAGAUGGCUGCUAGUUGGAAUGGCACUGCUACUGGGAAUAGUGGUGGGUGUUUGCAUUACCAAGAAACGGUGAAAGCAUCCCAUCUCUUUUACUGCUGCACACCCUGUGUAAUGCUUCACCAACAAAAAAAAAUAAAGUUAAUGUUUACAAAAACUCAGUCUGCUGGGGCUCUGACAGAAUUAGCAUUGGCUAAAGCAGCUUGUGGGAGUAUUCAUCAUAUGUAGCUUGGUGAGCUGGUAACGUCCUGCUUUGUCCCCUUUCUUUUACAUGCUAAUGUACAGCAGAGAUUUACACCUGUUGAUUGGUGUUACUCACCAGACUGGAAGUGCUUUAAUAAAUGAACCUGAUAAGCUAUCAGUGAAACAGAAUCAGCUGGUUUGAUCAGACUGUGUGUUUUUACUUAACCUAUGUUCUUUAUCCAAGGACCAACUUUUACUAUUUACAAACAGACAGCUAACAAAGAAUAUAAGUUAUAUUUUCUUUUCACUGUGUAAUGGCAAGCUGUACCGAAGUUUUAGGCAUGCUUAAAAAAAUAAAUAUAUUUAUGUUUUUCUUGUGUCUUCUUAUUUUGAUUGUGUUAAACAACCGCUUAACGCAGACACAUGUCUACACAACGUUAUUUAACUGGUUAUACCUGUAAGGAUCAAUAUGGGAUAUAUGCAGCAAUGCCUUUUGUUUCAAAAUGUCUGAACAGGAACACAGAGCUAUACAUACUGCUGUGGCAGUCUAUACAUGCCCACCAUCUCCUUUUUCUGAGGCCUCGCAGCUGAGCUUUAUAGCCGAGGACAAGAUGAUCUAUAUAGAACUGGUAGACGGUGUAUGCUAAUUUCACACUAAGAUAAGAACUUAAUUGAUCCCCAAAGG